ACGCGCGCGUACAUACGCACUGACAAAGCCAGCUGAUCACUCUUCGCUUCCCUCCUGCUUUGCACGCACUCACGCACCAUAUCUCUAUCGGAGAAUCUAUAAAGUUCACGCCUUUUUCGUCGUUGAGUCACCGAGUGACUCAGUCCUCCAUGGCUGAACAGUCGAAAACUCGAAGCGAUGACCCUUUCUUGCUCAAGUAUACCGCCAACGAACUCCGGACUGUCUCCGAGUUCGUCACCAAUUGGGCACCCUUUCUAUCCCGAGGGCUCUGCCACUCAUGUUGUGUCACCAUCUCCGAUCGCAUCCGAUAUCUUCAUCAAGAAGCUGGUAGAGAUGUAGUAUGCGCCGAGCAUAAAGAGGAUGUUGCAGAGUCUACAUCAGGCAAUAAGGGUUUGAUAGGAGAUUGGAAUCAGGAAAAUUGUGACACUCAUUCUAUUGGGAGCUGGAAUAAUGCUUCGGACAUGAAUGAUCAUGCUGACACACAUUCACUGGGGAGCUGGAAGGGGGAGGAAGAAGGGUCUCCGGAGGCCUUUUCACAAGCGGGUAUCUAUACAGAUGUACCAUCAAAAUCCUCUGGCGCUGGCAUGUUAAAGAGUGAAAAUUUAAGCACGCAUGUGUUGCAAGGGGUGAAAAUGUCAUGGGCUGAUAUGGCUCAGGAGGAUGAGCUAGAGACCGAGGAGUGUGGUUUAAGUUUGACAUUGACCAAUGAGAGUGGUUUAUCUUGGAAAGAGGGAGCGUUUGAGCACGAUGAGUCUCAUAAGCCAAAAACCGAGCUUUCAAGAGAACAAAGGGAGUGCAUCCGGUUUAGCAAUGUGAAGAGAAAGAAGGAUUUUAUAUGUUUGGAAAGGAUUGAUGGGAAGAUUACAAAUAUACUGGAUGGAUUGGAGCUACAUAGCGGCAUUUUCAGUGCAGCUGAGCAAAACAGGAUUGUCAAUUAUGUGGAAACACUCCAUGACAAGGGAAAGAAUGGGCAAUUAAAAGAGAGAACCUAUACUGCACCAGAAAAGUGUAUUGGGGGUAAGGGGAGAGUGUCAUUACAAUUCGGUUGCUGCUACAACUAUGCAAGUGAUACAAAUGACACUCCACGCAUCCUCAAAAAUGACAUCGUUGAUCCUAUACCUCAACUUUUGAAAGUCAUGAUUAAAAGGCUUGUCAGGUGGCAUGUGAUACCUCCUAACUCCGUACCUGACAACUGUAUUGUGGAUAUUUAUGAAGAGGGAGAUUGCAUUCCGCCUCGUAUUGAAAGUCAAGAUUUUGCUAGGCCAUUAUGUGCUGUUUCAUUCUUAACGGAAUGUCAUGUCAUUUUCGGGUCAAACUUGAAAGUGUUGAGCCCUGGUGGGUUUGAUGGUCCAAUUGCGAUUUCCUUGCCUGUUGGAUCUAUUCUUGUGUUGAAUGGAAAAGUAGCUGAUGUGGCUAAACAUUGUGUUCCGGCAGUUCCUUCCAAAAGGAUCUCAAUUACAUUUAGGAGAACAGCUGAAUCCAAACAACCCGUUGGAUAUGUUCCGGAUCCUGACUUGCAAGGUCUUCAGCCUCUAUCAAAUGAAGUAGACAAGUCCAAGAAAUCGAAAAAGGCAAGGCAUAGGCAGCAUGAUAUGAAGAAACAUGUGAGCGGCCGAGAGGAGAAUGUUGGGGGGCAACCAAGAAGACCAAUAGAAAGGGGCUUUGGAGAGAACAGGUACUCGUUGGGUCAAUCCGAUCAGAGGAACACGAGUAAGCCCAGGGUGACUGUGGAUUUGGAAAGGUCAGCUGACCAAUCUUAUCGCCGAACUGUAAGAUUUCACCGCCAUCUUCCGUGAAUGAUGGCAGGAGCUUGUUAUUAUGUCACUUGUGUGGUGUGUUCUUUUAGUAUUCCAAAGCAGUUUGUUAGUUUUUGGUGGGGUUGGGCAUUUCAGUUUGGUUUUAAACGGUCAUAUUUUAUUCGGUUUAGUUUUAAUUGGUUUGGGAUUUGUUUAGAUUAAUAGAGUUUAGUAAAAACAACCCCAUUCUAAAACAGAAAUACAUAUUAUUCGGGUUUGAAUUGAGUUGAUCAAGUCAAACGGAAUCAAAAUGC